AUGUGUCUUCGAAGAGCACUUCACACAGACCAUACUUCAAUCGCCCGCGAACUAUUCAGAGCAUCUCGUCUCGCAAAGCACAGCUCCGCACUUGGCGAAGAAUACGAGGCAGCUCGGCGGGCGAGCUACCAACAGUACAAGAACGUUCGUUCCGCAGCGACGCAGCUUCGUGAUGCCGCAAGCACAAGACAUCAUGACGCGGGAAGCCUCCCACCUGAGGAUAUAGAGCCCAGGAUGGGCCAUAUCCGGAAGUACUUGGACGCGCUGGAACUGGAAUACAAGCUGCGAAAGGCGCACCACGCUAAAUACGAUGGAGAUCUUGACCAAGGUCACCAGAGGAGGCUGCAAGCGCUUGAGGAGCAGAUCUGGCAUCAUAGAGACAUACUUCGCAUCUUGACUUCCCGUCUGCGGCAGCAUCUGGCGGAAACAGAACCACAAAAAUCGCUCGACCACCUUCCCGAGCUUCUUCCCGAACCUUGUCCUCCUUCGAUGCUGGCCAGGAGGCGUGAUGAGGCGCGAGAGAAGGGACUCCGGACCUUGCGUCUCGCCAAGUCCGUGCGCACGCAUGCUCCAGUCAAGGAGGAGAAUAGGCAUCGAAGAGGACCAAAAUCUGACGGAUCACACGAGCACGCCUCUGCAGCACCGCAUAUAAGAGGUCUUCUUGGGAGGCUACGCAGCAAGGGAGGACCAAGCGGUGGAGAAGGGGGGACAGGAGAGCAAACUCGGAAACCCGAACGCAAGUUGUUUGCGGUGGCGCGUUUCUUGCAAAGCUCCGGGGUGAAUGCGCAUCUGAAAGAGCGUAGACCUAGUGCAGGAGAUCGAUCAUCGCGUCGUCUAGACCCUACAAAUGAUCCGGGAUCAUAG